CGCCAUCCUAGGUAUUCGGACUCGAAUCUUCUUCCUCCACCCUCGACGACAACCAUUUCCAACAAAACCACCACUUGCCGUCGCUUAAAAGAUCACCAUGGGCGGCGAUGUUCCAUCAACAUUCGGGAGUGCCAGCAGCAGCAGCAGCAGUAAUGGUCAAACAGACAAGCAAGUAGAGCGCUUGCCGAUGCCCUCCAGGAACCCUCUGCCUCUCUCGGCGUCACAGGAGGCCCAAGUCCGAGACAUCUUUUACGCCAGGGUCAGAAGGCAAUGUACUGAGGAAAUCAAGGCCUUCGCCGAAUGCGCCCUAGGCCGCACCUUCUCCGUCCCCUUCGCCUGCCGUGCACCCCACCGGGUCAUGAACAACUGCAUGAAGUUGCACGCCACGCCCGCCGAGCAGGACGCCGCGCGCGAGGAGUGGUUUGCUUUACGUAUGGAGCGCGCCCGGGAGCGCGAGCGCAAAGCCAGGCGCAAGGCCGAGCAAGAGGCCUUUUUGCGCGAGUGGUGGGGUUUACCCGAGAAGGACCGCGAGGAGGCGCGCAGGGAGCUCGAGAAGUUAAAUCAGAAGGAGAGAGUGGAACAAUUAAGAAAGACAAGCUUGAGGUGCGGUGGUCCGGGGCUGGAUUGGGUGCCGCAAGGCUAUGAGGCUGUUGCGCCGAGUCCUACUUCAGGUCAAGAUUCGAGUCCCGGCUUUCGGACGACAAUCACUCUCGACGCUUUCUAACAGUUCCGCGGGUUUUGUUUCACAGAAACUCUGAGAGGCUAGCCUCGCAGCUGUGCUGUUGAAGGGGAAGGUGCAUGUGGGACUCUACUCUGUACGCUUCGGGACAAGGGCAGUCAGGGGGUUUGUUUACUUGACCAGCGGACAAGGAGUGGCUAGCCGAACCACGGUUGAUUUGCAAUGGCGUUAUGUUUUCAUAAAUCGGGGUUGAUUCAGGAAAUGGGACGGAAGACAAGGGAGAGGGUGGACUGCACACAUCUACUAAGCAUCUGUAUAGUAUCAAAAAGGAGCCGGAGGGGGAUAUAGGGAAGUCUGGUAAGAAUAGAGCCAAUCGA